AUGUCGCAAAACAGCCCGGAAGCUCUGGAAGCGCAGGCUAAGAAAGAAAGAGAUGAAACGCAAUUGCGUUUGUCGCUGUUCGUCUGUGCCGUUGUUGCAAUUACAUGGUUCCUGGGAGCUUAUGGAUUUUCCUUCGUAUGGGCAGGGUUUAUAAUACCAUUGAUAUUUACAGUAUGGUAUCGCAAAAAUUGCCGCAUUAUAGACGAUCGUGUCAGAGAAGCAGAAAUAAAAGUACACCGAAGAAAGGCCUUACGGGACGAGGAGACAGCCGAAUGGCUAAACUUUGUUUUGAACCGAUGGUAACUAUGAAACGAUUGUUAGCAGGUUUUUGUAGCUGAUGAUAUGGUAUGAUAUUACGUUUGCUAAUUAAGUUUUCCGAAGUUUAAAGACUGAGGUUUGCAGACAAAAAUUAGAGAAGGGAUUUAAAUCAGCUACUGCAUGACAAUGUUUACGUCGCAUCAUUUUGGAGGUCGCUUUGUUAUUUGGGUGGGUCAAACAGAUAUCUUUCAUAGAGAAAUCGCUCGAUUGCCGAAAAAACCGUUAACCGGCAGCUUUCAAAAGUAAAUUAUUUAUUUACUCUUUAAACCACUCGCAUAUCCUAGCAAAGCAAAUUUAACGCUUACAAAAGUAAAACUCGAUUGUUUUGCUUACAUGGCUUUUUUUAGAACAAAGAAUUGGCCAUUUGCUACUAAACCACCCAAACUUCAGAAUUAUUUUUUGUUUUUAUUCCACUGCACGAUAAUAAAAUCAAAAGUUAAUAUCUUUUUGCAAAAGGUUAGAUAUAGUUAAAGCGUUUUUGCGUUUCAACACUAAAGCUUUCAAAUACGCAACGCAGAAUAUUCGAAAGGUAAUACCUCUGCAUUAUUAAUAAACCAAAUGACUUUUUGCCAAGUUAGACUGAUGUUAACAGGUUCUUGCUCACGAUGGAAUUUCAUUAGUCAAUAAUGAAAGUAAUGAAGUUAAAAUGCUCAAGCAUAAUAUUCAGAUUGAUAGUUUUUAUCUACAACAUCUUAAGUAAUUUUAAACAUUGAAUGCGAAUCACUACAAAAAAAAAUAGAGACUGAUUCAACAAGCUGAUGCGACCUUCUCGUGGGUAAACAAUUGUUGAAAAGGUUUGCCACCACACUCUACACACUAUUAUUCUUGAGAGACUGGCGGAAGUUGGUAAAAAAUCAACAGAAGGUUAAAAGCGAGCCGGACUUAAAGAAAACAGUUGCAGACGUUUUUAGCCAAUAAGAACAAAUUAGAAAAGAACUGAAUGUAAUAUCUCAAUUAAAGAAAGUAAUCUUUCACAUACUGAUGGCCUGAAGAUUCUUGUAAAAAGUUUCAAACAGUGAAUUUCAAGCUUUGUUCGCAAAUAGGUCAUCUUAGAUCAUGCAUAUGAAGUACUUAUCCAGAUUAAAUGUUCUCGUGUUGUUUCAAGGUGGAAUUUCAGUGAAGUCUCCCUUUGCAACCUUGUACGCUCCAGUUUGAAUCCUGUUUUGGAGUAUAGCAAACCAUCGUUUAUAGGUGAGGCACAAGCACAAUCAGGUAUCUAUCAACAAGUUUUGACUUAAUUUCAAUUCGAUGAGGGUGAUAGAAGUUACACAUAGGCCAAUAUCUCGUAGUUACAAGGCUUCGGCAAAUAUCCUAAGUAUAGUUUUCAGUGGGUAAAAAGGUAACAAGGGUCAUUUUUUUUCUAUUUAAUUAUCUCAGAAUGGUAAAGUAUGUGAUCGGACUUGAGUAGAGGUGAGAUCCAACGAAAGGAAAUGAUUCUACGCGCUAUAUGAGAUUGAACGAUCGAAUAGAAUCUGCGUAGAAGCAAAGUAUUUAACAGAUUUGGGGGAAAGUGGUGGGUUUCAUUCAGGAGAGUUUUGAAAUCUAAAUAUACCUUUCUUGGCAUUGCAGAUGAUAGUAUGCGUUGUUGUUGUAUGGGGUGAGGUUUCCCUGAUCCUUGUUUUAGCAGUUGAGAAUUCGCUUAUUUCACCAUUAGAAUUUCCAGAGUCCUGUGGUUUCAAGCACGAACUGAGAGGACUUAUUCGAGUAAAUGUUUUCCUGCAACAACUGUGUCUUGACUUUUUUCAUCCUUGUUCAAUUUUAAUGUUCCUUCUCAUUUCAGAGACUAUGGAACUAACAGAGUUCAGUUUUGGAAAGAAGACACCGUGUCUGAAAUAUGUAAAAGUGUUUGAGAAUAUUGACGAGAACGACUCUCCGGAUAUCCCUGCCUCGGAAUCAACAGCGUUCAACCCACCGAAAGACCUGGCAACAAGGCAGAGACAUCUAUUAGUUCUUGUUAUGGAUCUGUGCUUACACGCACCUGACACAAAAAUCGCUAUAAAAGUGAGAUUGGGUGGAAAAAUGUGAGUAUAACCCGCCAGAAUGAAAUCAAAAUGGACUCUAGCUAAUCACAAAAAAUCUUCAUCCGCUGUCCCCUAGUCAGAUUGGAAUUUUUAUUUUUUGUUGGGGUCGAGGGGGGAACCUUCGCGGUAAUCGUCUUCAGGGAUCCUGAACUGAUAACACAGACUUUGUUCAGAAAGAAAAACUUAUCCUAUAGCCUAUAGGAUGGUGGGUCCCAAGCUGAAAUGUGUGAGCCAAGUAAUACUGAGUCGCAAGAGAAAUUGCAUUUAGUUAAAGAUACGCUGUUUUAUGGUCGAAAUAACGAGAGGACGAGGGUCCGUAUCUUGAACAUUCCUACUCCUACAUCAGUACCAGAAAAUAAUCUGGGACAUUCGUCCAAGUGAUGUAGGCUACAUUUGAAACGAUAGAAGUCCAUUCAUUGAAAUGAUGGCUCUACAGGCAACAACAGUAAAUAGACCUUGUAAACAUUGCUAUGCGCUUAUUAACCAAUUUAAGACCCCAGCAAAUGACAGUGGUAAAGAAUUUCCUAGAUGAAUUCCAUUCCAAUAAAAUUUUUUCCCUAUAUAUGUUUUUUUUUGUCCCAGGGUUGGUGCAGAUGUUGAUGUCAGUAUCGAGGACUUGUCGUUGUCUGGUCGUGUUCAGAUUGUGUUUGAGAUGGAUCACCUUGUACCAUUUCCACACAUGAAAGCUGUCUCGGUGACUUUCCUUGAAAAGUAAGAAGAAAAGUCUUCACGGCCGUAUCCAAUUCAUCUAAACUGCUUGAUGUGAACUUUUGACAAGUGUUAUGGUUGCUAUACGGUCUCGCACAUUUAAUUUCCUGAUCUUCAUCUGUUUGCCUUUGUCUUCUGCACAAGAAUCUGCCAGACCGAACGAGUAGAUUGUUCCUGAUGACAGGAGCAAUAUAUUACGUUAUAUUGGAGAAGUACAUGCACAAGCCAACAAACCAUGUGAUUUUCGUCUUCCUCACUAAAAGCUAAACGUACUUCUCUCUGCGAUUUGUGUACCCAACAUCUAAGAAAUUAUCUCCGAUGUGCUAACAAUUCGACAGUGGAAGCCGCCAUUGUGGAAAACAAUUCUGUAAUCGCCUGGUGCCUGAUUAUUGCUAGUAAAAUGAUCAAAAGUAGACGGCCAGGCUGCGUGACUAGAUCCAAAAUGGCGGCCUCCACAGUCGAAUUCUUUGCACGUUUGAAGACAGCUUUCCAAAAGGUAGCUAUUGUUAACUCUUUGCACUCUCAAAAUAAGAUCAUUGUCCGCCAUUAUCUCAUAAAUGCUCUUCAAAAGUUGAACGAAAAAUGACAUGGUUUCUGGAAAUUGUCAUUCUUUAACGACAAAGAUGGAUUGAAGUUCAAAUGUAUGAACUGAUUACGUGAAGCUAUUCGUUUUUACACUAAAAGGCUUACUUGUAUUGAAGAGCGUUUCAAUUUUUUUCAUAGACCAGAUGUUGACUUUGAUGUUCGAUUGAUGCGCGCAGUACAAGUGAUGGAUAUCCCCAUGCUGAAAGAUUUCAUCAAUGCCCUCGUUAUGGACAGUUUGACUUACGGUAAUAUUCAAUUGUCGCGGUCUCACUAUUUGAAUAAGCUAGUCUAUCGAGAAAAAAAGUCGAGAAGGUCUGAAGUUUGAAUCCUCUCUUGGCAUUCAGAUUUUUUUUGUUUGUUCUAAGCUCGUGAAAAAAGCAUCUUUCUUUGCAUGGAGGGAUAACGUUCAAGCAUAAUUUAAAUAUUUUCCACGGAAGGGAUUUAUCUCUAAGUUAAUUACUGCAUAUGAAAGUGGCUGAAAAGUUUUAGAUGCAAACGAGCCUUUUUUAAUUUCUCGGGCAUUUUUACUGUUCUGUAGCACUGGUUGAUCCUGGAAGAAUCGAAGUUCCUCUUCAUGGUGUUGAUCCCGAUGAACUCCUCAGCGCAGCCAAGAAGUCAACUUACGGUGAGGUCCCGCGGCAGUCAAUAAGAUGGCUGCCAGCGAAAGUUUUGAUUUUGCGAAAGCAACGCCGCAGACGGUCCACCAUGGUGUGACUUGAAAUACUUCAAUUUAUGAUAUGCAUAUGAUUCAAAUUUUGCAAACAUCGGAAAUGGACACAUUACAAAAACAAAACUGUAAAGUAAUUUUCAAACUGACUUUUUUCCCCAUGAAAUAACGGUUUGUUGUACUUGAAGAAACCGGUUCAGUAGUUAGUUGGUUACUAAUUAGGCCACUUUGUUUUAGCACCAUUUUUCUGUUGGAAAUUAGUGCUGUUUUUGUGAUAAUCUUUCAGCUGAUGGACUAUUAACAGUCACAUUGAAGGGUGGAAUGCCUCAAAAAUAUACAGGUAAAUGAUAUCAUGGAAGCUCUAAAUUUAUUUUUGUUACAGUGUGACAAAAUGAAGUUUGGAGCCUCUUACCAAUAUGGACCCUUUCUAAAACAUGACGAUGGAAAUGAAUUCAAUCGAUCAAAUUAAUUUUAAAUGCAAUUACACAAAAAAAAUGGAUUUAAAAACUUGCAGAGAAAACACUGUCAUGGUUUUAGUUUUCCUUUUUGGAACGCGCGGAAGACACAGAACAAGUGGAAGGAAAUAAAAAUCAGAAAUAAUCAUGUGAACCUCAAGCAAACAAUAAUACAACAAAGUUUCUAAACUUAAACGUAAACAAUCCGUCUCGUCGCUUGAAGAAGACAAACAGCAGUUUUAACGCAUUUACGGCUGAAAAGUUGCGAUCCACAUUGCUAGUCACUGGUUACAAAGUUUCUAUUUCUUUUCAUGGGAUAAGAUAACCAUGAAUAACGAUAAAAAGUUCUGGUUUUUUUGUUUUGUUUUGUCUUAAUUGUAUUUGUCACCCUUCGGUUUCCCCAGCACUUUUAUUUUCUUCCUUUCUUUUCUCUUUUGCACUAAAACUUGAUUAUUUUUCCAGACGAUCAGAUUUGGACGUCACUUCAAGUUGGUAACCUUGAUGAGAAAAAUACUGAGAAGAUUCAGGGUGGAACCACAUUCGAAGAGUCAAUAUCCCUACUUAUCUAUGACCUUGCGAAUGAUAAGGUAUUUGAUAAACUGCAGACAGUUCAUUCCCGUCUACAAACUGGCUUUUGGAAUGUUGAGCUUCAAAACGUGAUUUUUUUCCUUUACCUGGAAGAAAAAUAUCAAGAGUAUUGGUUUUUGUCAGAUCUUCUGAAGUUAAGUUCGAUUAAAGUCUUACCUUCUCAGACUUUCAUCUCUGAAGGAUGGCCAAGUUUGUUUUUUGCUCACGCUCAAACGUCAGCACCAGGGGUUUCAAUAACUUUUUCCGUGAGUAGCCGCCGAUGCAUGAUCCUCGUAAAGCACUCUACUUUAAACAAUAAAUUCCUUUAAAUAGACGUCAAAUCGUUUUCCUAUGGAUAUAAGACUUUUACUAUUGUUCCUCGUUUUCUGUUAACAACAGCUUAAUAUUGAAGUACGCGGCAAGAGGACUUUUGGAACUAAAUAUUCGAUUGCAAAAUACAAGAUGUACUUAGGCAGCCUCGGACUGGAAAAGAAGAAGAAAGUGUAAGUGUUUUUCUUAAAAAAUUAGUAUUAAAAUGAGCUUUAACUGAAUGCCCACUAUUUUAAACAAAAACACAAAACUUUUAAUGGCUGCUAUUCAUAAAGUUAAAAACAAAAAAGGCCUUCCUCUUUAAACAUACCCUCACGAAUUUGAUCUCUUUGUGUAAAAUUUAAGACCUGUGUAUUUAAGAAAAGUUGUCAAACAGGUCAUUACCUAAAAUAGAAUGAGGGACUGGCUGACGUGAGAAUCCAAAACGAUGAAAAAACAGGGCAACACGGAAACAGAUCGAUAGAUAAUGCAUCUUAUCGGCAUCUUUAAAAUUCUGCUGCUCUUCUUUUUCCCUUUACAGUGACACAACUUUGAGUAAGGAAGGAAUAAAAGGAUCCAAGUUGGAAGUCACUCUGGAGUACACUCAGUUGAAGCCUUAUGAAGUCAGCAGUCGCACAGAUGAACAGGAAUUCCUUGAGAAAUACCACAAACCUACUGAAGAAAGUCCUGGUAAAAACGGAGUUUUAUAAUGUCUUUUCUUGCUUAAAAUUGAUUCAAAGAGUGCUACUUCAGAGACUUCGCCCCUUCUCCUACUCCCCUCCCCCCCCCCUUCAAAAAAGAAAAACUUUUUAUUCUGAAUGGAAUUUCUCGUAAAUUAUUUUACAAACAAUCCCGAUAGCAAAAAUCCCUGGACGAUUCUUGAUCGACAUUUUUUCACCCCCGCCACUUGUUACUUCUUUGAAAUCCGACUCAAAGCACACCCCUUAGCAGAUACCGAUAACUUUCAGCCUUUUUGUUAUUCUAAUCUGUCAAAUUAGUCACAGCCUAUCGUUUCCUAUGUGGGGCGUGUGGAAUGCACCUUUACGCGUGUAAUUCAUUUAAAAUGCUUUCGUGGCUUCGGCAGUUUAAGUUUAAGGUUGCAUCCAAUGCCAAACAACCGUAUACCGGCCGAAUAGUGCGCACUUUUGCUGAAGAAAAAAUUGGAAAGAACCCCAAGUUACUUGAGGACUACAAAGCCUUCGUCGAGGACAUCGUCGUAAAGAGAUACAUACGAAGACCCCCUCCUUAUCAAAGGGAAUCAGUCUGCGAAGUCAAGACGUGGUACAUUCCCCACCGUGGGGUUUAUCAUCCACACAGGCCAGGUAAAAUAUGUGUGGUCUUUGACUGUGCAGCGAGGUAUAGGGGAAAGUCGGUCAAUGAUCUGGUAUUCAAAGGACCAGACAUCACCAAUUUUCUUUUGGAAGUCCUCUUACAAGAUUUCGCUGGGAACAUGUGGCAGUUAUGGCGGACAUCGAGUCAAUGUUCCACCACGUUAGAGUGCCUGACCCUGACAGUCUUCAUUUCUCCGGUUUCUGUGGUGGCCAAGUGGCAACUUAUCAUGCGCAUUGGGAGAAUAUCAGAUGAUAGUUCAUCUGUUUGGCGCUGUAUCGUCUCCUGCCUGUUCAAAUUUUGAACAGAGUAUUCCUUAGAAAAAACGUGCUUCAGGAAUCAAAAAGCUAGACCUUCAGAAGGAUGAGUUAUCAAUUAAUUGAACGCGCACUUGGUGUUCACCGGAUGGUAGAGACCGGUAGAGACCGGCAGAGACCAACGGAUUUGGUUUCGGAGGCCUCUGAAAUCGGUUAUACGUCGGUCUCGUAACUGCCUCUGGUUGAUAACAACUACAGAAUUUAUUGUGCCAUCCUCCAAGGGAAGUCACGUCUCGUUCCUCUUAAACAAGUCACUGUUCCUCGUUUGGAGCUUUCAGACGCAAAUGUCCCGGUCCGGUUGGAUAAAGUUCUGAAGAGAGCGCUUGAGCUGCCAUUGACCGAGGAGUAUUCUGCACGGAUAGCGCGUCAGUGUCACAUUACGUAAAAAACAAGAACAAGCCAUUCCACAUGUUUGCUGCCAAUCGCAUUGCAAUAACACAAGACGGUACUGAUCCAGACCAGUGGAGACAUAUGAAUGGCGACCUCUCAUGUUGGUUAUUAGCAAAAGCUCUUCUUGCUAGCGAACGAUGGACAAAAGGGCCGGAAUUUCUCUGGAAGCCGAACAAGUUGUAGCCUUAGGGGCCUACGUCCUUAGGCAGCAUUCCAGACACAGAUCCAGAGAUGAAGGUGGACGCGAGUGCCUGCAUCGCAUCGAUGACUGAGCCCCCUUGGCCACUAAUAGAGUACUUUAAACGUACGUCUUCCUGAUAGCGUCUUAAGAAAUCAGUUGCUUGACUCCUACGGUAUUAUGAGAAUUUUCGAAUGGCCAGCAAAGACAAAAAAUCAGCAAAGACAGUCCCAGAAAUCCACUUACAGCGUGGUACCGUUAAUGAAAUGGAGACUGCAGAGUUAUAAAUCUUGAAGUGUGUUUAUUUGCAUCAUGUUCUGAGGAGUUCAACUCAAUAACCAAGUCGGUCAGCGUAGUGCGUGUUGAGAAAGGUAGCUGUGUUUCGAAGUCUGGACCCAAUUCUGGUCGAUGGCCUGUUGCGUGUGGGCGGGAAGAUUGAGCUUGGUGUCAGUACCAUUUAAUGCUAAGGAUCAGAUCAUCCUGCCAAAAACCGAUCAUGUACCUAAGCUGAGGCUAUUCGCGCGGUGCACAUCGAAGUCGCGUUCAGUUUGGACACCGAUUUCUUCCUGUUGGCGUUGAGAAGAUUCAUAGCAAGGAGAGGCCAGGUUAAGGAUAUCUAUUCAGAUAACGGUACCAACUUUGCAAGCGACGAGAAAGAGCUCCGCCAAUCCACCAAUGCUUGGAAUCAGGCGAAAAUUCACGAAGAUUUGAUGCAAAGAAAUAUCAAGUGAUCCUUUAAUCUGCCUUUCGGUUCCCAUUACGGCGGCGUUUGGGAACGUUGCAUUCGCCUAACUCGAAAGGUGCUUCACGCAAUUCUCAAAGAGCAGAUGAUGAAGGCCUGGUUACCUUAAUGUACGAGGUAGAGAGCAUUAUGAACAGCCGUCCAAUCACAAUAGUUUCAAGCGACCCGCGAGAUCCGGAGCUCUUGACGCCUAAUCAUUUGUUGCCGUUACGCUCUGUGCCUACAAUGCCCACGGGUUAUUUAGAAAAGACGACUUACUGUCACGUCGCCGAUGGAGAGUGCCCUGCAGAUAUCUUCUGGAAACGGUGGUCCAAGGAGUAUCUCCUUUUGCUUAUAAGCAAGCUGAGGGGCUUUCCACCGAGAAGAAACUUAGCCAUUGGAGACGUCGUCUUGGUUUCUAUGGAGAAUUCGCACUGCAAUUCGUGGCCCAUGAAAGAGUUAUUGACAUUCUUCCUGACAAGAAAGGAUUCGCUCUUCGUGCAAUGGUGAACGUCAAGUCAGCUGUUCUUGAGAGACCGAUUGGCAAGCUUUUUCUUCUUGUUAAAGGCGAAAAAUCUAGAAGCACGGAACAUUAAGGCGACCCAGUUCAAGUUUAACGUGCCAUCACCAGAUUACAGACAUUAACUAUCUUAAGGAGACGCUGCUUUUGAAUGAACACAUAGUUGAAACGGUUCGCGUUGUUACGUCUUAUUUCUUCUUCCCUUUUUUUUUCAUCAAGACAGUAUUUUCAAUUGUAUACAGUCCUUAGAUCUUGUAUUGUAUUAUGAGUGUUUCGCCCUUUCGCACUUCGGGGCUGGUGUAAGAUCGUUAGCGCCUAUACAUUUAGUUAGCCUUUGUUUCCUGGCUUGUGGAAUGCGCUUAUACACGUAUAAUUUAUUCAAAAUGCUUUCGCGGCUUCAGCAGUUUAAGUUUCGUAGUUUUGGCAGGACCGUUAUUCAAUUCGUUUUAGUUUACUUGGAAACACAACAGCAGUAUACAGUAAAGUUUAUGUAGCCAUUUCCAGGGCCGUAUCAAAUGUAAGUGUCAUUUUUUGGCGAUCGUCUAUUUAGGUUUUGUGUCGCUUUCGGCUUGGGUUUUCUUUACCGUAGCGUUGGUUCAUAUGUAUAUUUCUUUCAGUUUUAACCUCACGUUACGCUGAGGUAUCACUCUACCGCAAUUUAAUAAAGAUUAAAUGCGUGUUCAAAUGCCAUUCCUGGUGUCGGCAUCGAAUCCGUUGUGUUGGUAGUUAUAGUCACUGACAUCAGUCCUCAUCAGCUUUACACUCUUAUGCGUCGUACCAUACUGCUGGCGAUCAUUACCUGAGUAUUCUAGACUUCGCUGGAAAGGAGAAAUGCGGGCUGAAUUUUUUCUGCAAAAAGGGCCUUUAUCUAACCUCUUGCAGUAUGGCAGUAUCACACAUCCCAAUGAAACGUCCAGUGGGUUUGCUUCCUUGUAUUGUUAAUCUUUACAUAAUUUUACCGACAGUUUAAUUUGCUUGUUUGCAUGUUCCAGUGUCCGGUCUUCUUCUCGUGGUCGUUCAUGGCGGUGAGAAGCUAUUGUCGAUGGAUGAUGACGGGUUCAGUGAUCCCUAUUGCAUUAUAACAGCUGAUAGAGAAAAGGUGCGUUACAUUAUGAGCACAGAGUGCACUGAUUAUCUGUUUUAAAAACGCUUUGUGAUGACAGUACAUAUCAUUGUAUUUUUCUAGAUAAGAACCACUCCUCACGUCUCGGGAUCUGUCAAUCCUGUGUGGGAAUCUGUGGUGGAAUUCCCCGUCAAAGACUUUACAAAGGUGAGAAGAAUGCCAUUAGAUAUCUGACAGUGAAUAAUUAAGGUUACAAAAGGUAUUUUCAUUCCACCUCUAUGGGAUGUAAUGGCAUCGAGCCCGGGUUGUUCGUUGACAGCACCUUAACAGCUUGCUGGUGCCCACAAUACUCCUGAGCAGAGGGAGACGCUGGGAGAGGUAGUGUCCUAAAUCACAUCACACGGUCAGGCUCGUUUCCAGUCACCUCGAUCCUACUUUCUGCCCUGUAACAAUGGGCUACCGCCUACUCUAAAGCAACGAAAAAGAACCAAGUGAGAAUCAAGUGGGAAUCAAGUGAAACAAGUUCAGCUAUAAACAUAAACCGUUUUUUAUUUUUCCCCAGACCAAUGUUUCCUUUCUGGUGUAUGACCGUGACGUGAACUGGCAGGGUCAAUCCGAUGACUUUAUGGGAUCCUGUAACCUGCAAAUGACUUUGGUAUGUUAUAUUUUGCCUGUGCUUGGUUUAAGGAGUCUUUCUAACAAAGCGUAAAUAAAAAAAAUUACUCCUUUAACUAGACCACGGGGAGAAAAAAGAAUACUUCAUUAUGCGCCAAUUGACUUUUAAAUGAAUGGCUAAUUAAACCGGUAAGCUAACUAAAAGUAAUAUAAACUAACACCGGAAAUGCUCCUUUUACGUUGCAGGAUGAGCCUGCAAUCAUCAAACGAAAGUUAGAGUUAAAGUAUAAAGUGUUUGGAAAGAAGAGAUCAGAUGACUCUAUCAUGAAGGCAGGCUCACUUACAGUUUCAGCGGUGUUUCAACCCAUCGAGUCGGUCACCAAAUCAGGUAAACGAGUUAUAUAGUUUGACUGCUCUUUCGAUAUUUCAACUAUAUUUGUUUGGAGUUCAUUCCUUAAAAUUUACACUUGCAUUUGUGAUGAUUACACAAUUUGUACUAAAAGAGUGUGAAGUUAGUUCGUAAUAAACUUUUGCUCGGUUAACCCUGGUGACUUCUAUCAUGUGGCGUUACCUUUUCUUUCCCGUAAUCACAAGAGAUUGUAAGGUCCCAAAAGACUGAGGUGAAUCCAAGAAUUUCAGAUAUGGGCUUCACAAUAACAUUUUCCUUUUAUUUUGUGAUAAACAACAACAACAACGACAGAAAACACCUCAGUGGCAUAGACAAAUCCUGACCACAGAAGCUCCAUCUUCAAAACUACUUCAUCAAAUUUCAUUAACUUUAUUAUUUUUCGUGUUCUCCAGAGAAAGAACCUGUAGCAGGUGGCUUAGUGGAGGGUGAAGAUAUCGAUGAUAUAAAUGUAAGUUUGGCGGCUUUUAAGUUCACGAGAUAGUCAUAAAAUAAUGACAUGCAGCCCUGACUUUCUUCAUAGACAAUCUUUGUAAAAGGAUAUUUAUAUUUAUUAGGUAAAUAGUUAGAAAGUACUUUAAAAAUCUUAGAGACCAUGUGUCAGAGGUGAAUUUAACAGCUCUCGUUUGCUUUAAAUGUAGAUAUGCAUGUUAUCAAUACUUCUUUUUUUUCACAGGAACACGCCAAAAAACACACCAUGAAGAGCAGUAUGAAGAUCAAAAGACAAGUUGAGGAAAUGAUGUUGAUCAAAGGUAGCUUAAAAAGAUUAUUGAAUUUAAAGGAGAAGCAUUCCCUAGAGAAAGACAAUUCCUUAGUCGCCACCAUGAACACACCUCAAUAACCAUGCUGCACACGUAUGAUAUCCCAAACCUAGCCUGUAUUGAUGGGGACUGUAGCCACAUAUCUAAUUUAUUUUAACCAUCAGAAGCGAACGAAUCGAUACAUAACUGAGCGAAAAGAAGUGAAGCAGUGAAAGAUGAUUGUCACUGAAAGAAGCUGCUAACGAAGUAAAAAAUUCUAAAAUAUGCAAAAUAAAAUCUAACAUAUGAAACAAAAUAAGCACUCAGUAUUAAACUAAUUGACAAAAAGCUACCGGAACGCUGAAACUAAACUAACCCAAAACCCGAAAAGCACAAAAAAAGAAAUUUACAUAAUCCUGGCAGUUUUAAUACAGAUUUUUCUCCUUUCUGUUUCUCAGAGCUUGGAGUUCUAGUGAUAACACUUCUCCAGGGUAAAGAAAUGGUUGCCAUGGACAGUAAUGGCCUUAGUGAUCCGUUCUGUGUGGUGCGCGUUAACAAUGCGAAGAAGUUCAAAACCAACGUGGCGUAUGAAACUCUGUCCCCGGUGUGGAACGAAUCCGUCUCCAUAGCCAUGCCACAAGAAGGAGACAAGAUUUCUUUCGUAAGUUCAUCUCUUUACAUUGGCGAUGGUUGCAAAGAAGUUUCUUCAACAUGACUUUUGCGAGGUCUCAGUUAUCAAAGUAAGAUGGAAUGUUUAGACAUAGGGUUCUGUUUACAGUGCUUGGGAAGUUGCAACUGAUAGAAAAGAAGACAGGCAAACAGAAGGAUUGGGCUGCAACGAGCAAGGGAAAGAGGUUAUUGGGGGCUUUGCUAUACAUUGUGAAGAUGUAGAGAGAUUCCAAGAGCUUUCUUCUUGAAUUUUUUUUCAGGAUGUCUUUGACAAAGAUGUUUUUCAGAAUGACUUCAUGGGAUCAGUUCCAUUGACUGUCGAUGACGUAAAAGAAGCUGCUAAGGUUCAUUUCUUUCUUCAAUUCAUCCUUUUUUCUAAAUACUUAAAAAAAAAGAAAAAAAUCAGGAAUUGAUUCAAUUUAAACUGAAACGAAAAAGUAGACUCCCUUAGCUUAUUUGCUUGAUUGGUCUCAAAAUUCUCGCUCUAUAUUUUCCACGCUUCUCGCCCAAUCAGCUGUUCUCUUUUCUGGCAUUUCUCUAUCCCAUGAUAUUUGUAAUUUAUAAUUCUCAUCAUUUGAUAGAAAAGAGAACCUCAGUGGUUUAAGCUUCAAGAGGCUGACUCAGGAGAAAUUCAACUUCAAUUCAAAAUUUCUCGGCCGGGCGAGCAGGUAAUUUUUAUAGUUCUUUAAAAAAAAAUUGUUGCUAGAAAUGUGAAGAGUUUACGCUUUCUUUUCCUUUUUUUUUUUUCUUUUUUUUUCAACUAAUGUGUUUGAUCUAAUUAGGAAGAGGCUGAGAAAGCGGGGGAAAUGCCGUCACAGCCGGGAGAAAGCGGAAAUGACUCGGGCAUCAGUGAUACUGGGGAACAGCCUGAGGCACCGAAAGACGUAUUUGAUCUUACACUGAACAAGAUGGACGGUACUGGGUUGAUUCUGACUUUUGCUGCCGUUAGAUAAUAUUUGAUAAAUAGAAAAAAAGAUUUGUUUCCUAAAACAUAGGAUGUUUUAACAUUGCUCCUUCAAGCAGUGUGCUCAACGUUAGACAAACACGAAUUCAGUCUAUGGCUUGACUCAAUAGCAACUUCUCUAUUACCCAGGUCCAUGGUAAAAUAUCAAACCAGCCAAAAAAUUCGCACUGUUUCAUUUUAUUCAUUUUAUGUGUUAUUUCUUGCAGAGUACGUAGAAAGUCGGAUUCCACCUUUGUUUUAUAGCGUGUCAGGAGAAAUCAUUCAAGCUUCAGAAAUAACAGGUAAUGAGCAUAGCGUAAUGAACUGGCCUUGACCGAAGGAGACCAAAAGUGAUCAUGCUGCGAUGAGUUUCAGUUUUAAUCCUGACUGAUUGAAAAAGUAUCACGAGAUUUAUAGAACAUUCAGAUAGCCCAGCUAACAAUUAAAGCAGUCCGCAAUCCCGGAUUAUUUCGACACUGUCUCUAGGGCCACUUUCAAGGCUAUUUUAGCACAUUUCAAACAAUAAAAAAGAAAAGAUUCCACAGAAAUUACAUUUUGUUCAAAAACUCCUACCUCUUUGGAGUGGAUAACAAGUGUCAAAGAAAGUUUUGGUGGUAAGCAAGAGAAUUGUUGCAUUUUCACGGGAGAGCGACUCCGUGUGUAACUUUUUUUACAUUUUGCGUACCUUUGCUAGGUUGGGGUACAUUCCAGAUUAGAGCACGGGUUGAGAUGUGAGUACGCGACAUCAGUGUGUUAUAAUGUGUAAUGGCGAAACAUUAACCUACAAAGAGACUUUACUCAGCUGAAAUAGUGAUUCAGAAAGGGAAACGUUGCCUGGUUAAUACCCACUGAGGGAUCAAACAAUACGAAUUCUGGGAUUCCUAACACUAGCAUCAAAGAAACUAUAUAGAAAUCAUUUGGAAGAAUUUUUCUUUCAAGUUUGAGUGGAAAGUCUUACCAUUCUUGAUUGUAAAGUGCAGGUAAGCUGUGGUAAGCCAUGAGCGUUCUUCAUUAAAACUGCGCAGUCAAGAUGAAUUCCAGCUUCGUCAGGAAGUUCUUUCUCUCCUUAAACACAUCCAAGAUCUGUAUCCCAGAUUACAGUUCAACGCCAACCUAGCCCAUAACUUAUUUUAAAACAAAUUGCAUUUUUUUAUCUUCUCUCAGUCCUCGUCAUGGCCGUAAAAGCAGUGUCAAGUAUGAAUACAUUUCAAUGUGCACCACUCCCCAACUUGCUCCUGAGAGUGGAAUGGCAAAAUGGAAUUAUAUCUUCCAAGUAAGACUAACUUAAGAUUGUCUCUUAAUUCGAGGAACCCUCAACACAUCGAGGCACAUCGGCCAAACCUUGCGCUCGGGCAAAUGGCUCCUUUUGGUCGGCGGGUAGCAAUUACUUGCCCAAAAUUUCAAAGGGAAAUACAAGGAAUAAGCGGUGCCUCCCAAAAUUUAGGGGAAAAACUCAAAGAAUAGAAAGGAUUGACAAGGCUUAUCCGCAAUCACUCGUUUCAAAAGUGCUAUUGUUGAGAGAAAAUAUUUCCCUUCUGUAUUGAUUAGCUAGAUUGUGCCUUGCCAACUAAUGCGCCUUACUUUUAAGGCUCCUUUAAACUGCUCAAAGUUUCAGUCGAAUUUUUUCCUAGGAGCGCACGGACGGGAGAAGAAGUUUCGUACAGAAUGAAACACGUCAUGUCCUACGUUUUUUAUUCAUAUCAGGGAAGGAGCGGAAAAAUUUCUUGUCGGAUUAAACAAUCCAAUUGGGAAAAUUUGGACAGAUCAGUCUGGAUUUGCUUCAUAUCAAGGUAGUUCCCUUAUAUAACAUUUUUCUAAUAUAGACCGCGGGAGGAACAGCCAUAUCAAAUGAAGCAGGAUUGGUUUUUGAACUGAGAGACGCCAAGAAAAAAGUGGAGGGGAAAGCUAGGAUCUCGAUGCAGGACUUCUUCAAAGGUAAUCACAUGUUCAAUCCAAUAAUCUUUUUUUGCUUUGCGUUGUGUUGGCAAGCUUCUACUUUUUAUAAUUUGUUUGUUUUCUUGAAUUGUUGGUUUGUAAAAUAUGCUCAAUAUGUUAUUCGGUUAUCUGUUGAUGUACAGAGGUUUAGCCCUUUAACCCCUAAGAGUGAUUACUAACUAUUUUCCCUAUCAGUAUCACCCCUAAAAUAAACAUUGAGGUCAUGAGAAUAAAGGAAAUGAUCACCAAAUAAAGACGCUUCCGAUUGUUAAACAAAUUCUCUUUGUCAGUACCAUAGGAAAUGUAUAGAGAGCAGUAUGGAGAAAAUGUAUACUGAUGCUAGGGUGUAAAGGAUUAAAGAACUACGUGUAUGAGUAUUUUCAAUUAAAGGGAGCUUAAGACAGCAUACACCAUGAAUAUCCAGGGAUACUGAACCAGAUGCUUUUUUAAAAAGUAAUUAAUUAUCUGGUCUAUGAUUAUGUAGUCUAAACGGUUUCCCUUUCUUCUCUUAACGGCAAUCUGUUGAAAGUAAUUUCGCGAAAAGACACUUUAAAAGGCCUAAGAAGGCAAAAAAAUACCACUCAAUGAAGAUUUCAUUUUACCUUUUUAAGAUAAUCAGACCGCGAUGUGAUUCAGAUAUGCAAUUUUCAGGGCCGGGUUGUUCAAAGCUGGGUUAAGUUAACCCAGGAUUAGUGUGAAAUUUGAUUCAUUUUCUUUCUUUUUGUCCACAAUUUGAUGAUUAGAUGAUCUAAAAAGAACAAGGAAAAUGAUCCCAUAAAAGGCUCUUGGGUAAAGAAAUGAAAAAACAUGAAUUAAAAAUUUAACCCCGGGUUGGUGCUAAUCGGCCUUUGAACAACUGGGCCCAGAGCUUUAUUCAUAUCCCUCAGAGAUUCUGUUUGUAUCAUGUCAGCAAUUAUCAACCACAGACACAUAUGUGGUCUGCCUGUGUAUAGACAAGGGAAAAAUAAUGGGACCAUUAUCUUCUCUCGCUGUGGAGUAUGUUAGCUUCUUCUAGUGGCCGGAAGACUUUCAAAAAAAAAGAACAAUAUGGCAAUGUUUCAGACACCUAACCGGAAGAAACUUAUCUAUAAUUUUCUCCUCACUAGAAGGAAAUAAGCUUUAAUUAAGUGCGGCUGCAUUUAUGAUUGUUCUCUUUCACCAGAUUUAUUUGUCAAGAGGGAAAGAUCAAACACUGGCAGCGGAUCUGAAGGUGAUGAUAUAUAAGCCACUCUAAUAAAGUGCGGUACCACCGCCAGUAUUUUUCUUCUUCCACUCAUCGACGCCUCAGCACCUUCUUUCCAUGCCCGUUUCAGGUCCAUUUAUGAGAUGGGUUAGAUAGUACAUUUGUAUUUUUAGUCACAAUCGCCAAUUGUUAUCAAUUGUUGGAGUAGCCUGCAAUUAUCGGAAAGACUAUCGUUUCUAAACAACAUUUCAAACUAAUUUCUUUUAAUUUAGAGGAAGGUGAUUGAUCAGUGCACAUUCCAAAAACUCAAUUACGAACAAGCGUUUCAGCGACCACAAAUGAAAGGAAAGAAUUUAUAAAAUCUGCGUUUUCCAAGAGGCUGUCUACCGCUUCUGCCAAUGUAGCACUGGCUUAAGCGAAAAAAAAAGCUGGAGGCCGUCAUUUUCAUCUCUUGCUCCCCGGGGUAUUUAUUCGUCUCAGACAAUCGAGAACCCGGAACAGACAAACUCAUAAAAUGUUACCUCCGGCUUGAGUUCUGUUUUCGCAUGCUUGACCUCAAAAAGAAAAAAACACUUUAAAAAGAUUUUCAAUAAAAACUGGUGUCUCGACAUAGGCCGCAAGUCUAAUACCGUGACUCAUUCCUCUCUGUAAGAUCUCCAGCAACCUUAUCAUUCCUUCAAAAUGACCGUUGAAAACUCAAGACUGACUCGUCUUUUAACGCCAUUUGUAAUUUGUUAUCGUUUUGGCUCAUGCUGAGAAUGCGAAGAUUAAUUCUAUAGUGGUCGGAAAACGCAAUCAUGAAAUUUUUUUAUCAUUUUAAUGACUUGUCAUAUAACUGUGCAGAGUCCUGACUUAUAGCUUCUAAUUACUUUCCAGGAAAAUAUUCAGAAACCAAAUGGCUCAAUCUUGAAAACGGUACGUUGAAUUUUUGUAGUUCGGAACCCUAAUUAACCGGUCGUCGAUAAAACAGAACCAUGUUUUCAUUACCUACUUAAAUACGUAACUUCUUGUGGGUCACCACUAAAAAUGUAAAGUUAAUCAAGCGAAACUGCAAACGUACAUUAACCAAAGAAAGGAGGGGGGAGGGAAGGCGAAACUGCAUACAACCUGCAUGAAAGGCUUUCCGCUAUUUGAAAAUUUCCUGCAGAUGCUCCGAAGUAAUAAUCUAUCUGCGAAUGUUUUGGGUCGAACAUUGGUAUAGGGUACUAAAGCAGCUUUUAGCAAAUACCAUAACAGUUUUCAUUUCCACCCCCCCCCCCCCCCCUCUCGUCUCUCGAGCUCCAUGGUUAUUGCGUUCUUUUCGUUAAAGACAAUAUCGUCCAUAAAUACCCGGCGACAUGUCUUCACCUCAAAUGUCUGUUUGGAAUUACUGGCCUGGAUGUUCGCGCGUGUGUAUGUUAUUGCCACGCGCGUCGCGUGGGGCGCACGCCGGAUAAAGUCAUUAUUGAAAGGAAAUUAAGAUAAGCGUAUUACUAAUAAGCAGAUAACUGGAGUAAUUGGCUUAACUUGUUUGGCCUGGUUGUUUUUUAAGCGCUUGAGCGGAUGUGAUUCAACUUUGUGUGGGGCAUCGAUGGCAUACCAAAGGGAACCGAGAACCUUCAGUUUCCAACCUGUUGUGAAAAAUUUCGAUCGUAAUUAUUACAAGAGUGAAGAUAGUCAUCUGUUUUGACCCUCUACAAGACUCUUAGGAUUUAUGAUGUACAGAUAGUCAUAGCAGUUUUUUUUAACUGAUACACAAAUAACACUGAUAAGCUUUAUGUGUCUAAAUACUGGUCUAAAGUUUCCGUGCAGCUUUCAGUAAUUCUAUAUCUAAGUUCUCACUUCAAUACUAAGGGAUUUAUUAGCGUUAAGCUGUCUCGAAAAUGAUAAAUUUGCAGACAUGGUAUCUUGUAGCGGCUCAAAUAUCAGUUGAAUUCGAUCUCUUUUUCAUUCUUGUGCUCUCUUUUCCUCGGAAAGUAAAGGAAAGAAUGUGAAGAGUGAUUCUGAAUGCCAUUAUCGACGGAUGCUUUAUUGUCACAAGAAGUGGAGAAAGAUUAUUGUCAAUCGCCGUAGCAUGCUGAGAAUCGUAAUUUAACCACCAUGUUGAUGGACGGACAUUUCUCAGUUUAACAACCUUUCGUCCUGUGUAGGAUUUGAAAAAAACUAAAUUACGUAUAACCCAAUAACAUGUUAGGUUUUUUUUAGCUUGGGAACGGUGUUUUGAAAUUCUUCCUUAAAAAUCAGCAAUUUCCGAAAAACUCAAACUGAGAACCCUUCACUACGGAAAUGACUACAAACAGAUGUUUCUUGUUAUGUAUUGUGCAGACAUCUCACGGUACGCUGAAAGUGUUGUUAACUCGAAGUUCUAUUUCUCAUAGACGGAGUGCCCGUUGGUCGUCUUCAAGUAAUGAUGUCAUACUCAGACACUCCAGAUGCACCUGUAGCCCCGACUACGCUCAAGAAACGCUCCAUAUUGAAAAGAUUUUCUUCAAAUUCAAAUCUUUAGCUCCGUCUGCAAAAUAUAUGUGGGGUAAAGACUGUUAUAAUAUUAUGCGCUGUGCACGUGGAAUGAAAGCAAUGGUCAAAGGAACUCAAGUUUGAGACAAAUAAAAAGAGCACAGUUUGAUUGAGAGUUGUAAAAUUUGUUGUCAAUUUUUACAAUGAAAAAUAUUCCGAGUGGCCACUAAGAACUAAAAUUAAAACCAUGGAAAGAGGGGGAAAGUCUGGUUGCAUUAAUUUGUUUGAAGGACGGUUUGGUUUGAAGGAGUUUUAUUGACCAAUCACAGAGUGAAGUGAAUUUAUGCCAAUGCAAUCCCGGAUUACCAUGAACACUCAUUUGAUGAUAGAACAAAUUUUCAACUGAGUGUAGAAAGUAAUCUCGGAUUGUUUUUGUUUGCCUUAUUUCGCCCUGUGAUUUGUCAAAAAAACCUCGCACCACCCUCUCGACCAAUCAAAUGCAACCCUAAAACAAGUCACGACUCGGUCGCUCACGUUUUCCUGCGCUUUAGGCAGUUUGGCAGUCAUGAUCCUCUUUGGUUCAUUUCCUUAAUUCUGAUUGGCUGUUGUGACUACGUUGGUUUUGUUUUUACGACUCUCAAUCGAAAAGCGCUUCAUGAUACAAAUCAUACACCGAGUGCACAAGGCGGGUCAUUAGUUGUACACUGGGGAAACGCAAAUUUUUCCAAGUGUUUAAUAUUUUCUUAUUAAAGGGGAUUCAAAGUAGAAUUUGUUUUAUAUAUUGAGCUAUAUAGACACACGUAUUUUAUAGACAAAAAGCAACUCUAGUGCAAAAACGUGACAUCCAAGCCUCUUGAAAACGCGUAGAUAGCGAUUCAUAAUUUUUGCAAUAUGUUUAAUCGAAGUUUGAAAAUAUGCAAAAAGCCUGCCAUUUUGAUACCGCCGAAAGAUAUCAUUGAGAAAAUCAUAAAUCGUGAUAUGACUAUAAUUGUUUGAUAUCAGGUCUUAUAAUUACCGCAGGGACACCGAGCAAAUUCAGAAUGGUACUGUAUGGUUAUGUUCAUAUCUUUCGUUAUGAUAAGCGAUCUAGAAUGAUUCUGAUGUUUAUUCAUCUUUAUUGUGAAUAAUUAAUUUAGGAGAUUCUUUAACAUAGUUGUAUAGGGUAUAACCCAACAAUAUGGAGGUGCUUUGGAAUUCGAGUGAGGGUUUUUAUUCUUAAUAUCUUUCUUUGCCUUAAGAUCUAAUAGGCAGAACAAUAGCCAAAAAAUGAUGUUAAAUUC